AGUAAGAGGGGAAAAGAGAGAGCUUGUGAGAGACAGCAGAGCGGUCCCAGGCUUCCUCAUCUCGUUCACGUCAGAGGCAGGAACCGACUGUGCUAAGGCUGUUGGCUCAACACGCAGAGACAGAGCCGGAGCAGCCUCAGAGACAGGGAAAGAAGAGGUCCCCCCUGACUCAAGAAAUUACCACGAGUGGAGUAAAGCUAUCUGACUUUUUGGUCUUAUUUUGGUUACCUCUUCUCUCCUUCUACUGGUAGACCUACCAGCUGCUGUUUCGUUUCUUUCGUGAAGCCUUCUCUCUGCCUCUCAGAAAAAAAAAAAGAAGAAGGAAGGGAAGAGAGGGAGAGAGGUGGGCGCUCUAGGUGAGCGCAUCAGCUGGCACCAGCCCGAACAGACAAGAAUUCUCUGCCCAGGAAGCUGCUCUCGCUCUCCCUCUCCGGCUACCCACCCCCCAACCGGGGUAUCUGCAUCAACCCAUUGCCCAGAGGUCAGAUCUCAUCUGGAGUUAGACUCACAGAGCACGUGGUCAAGAGAAACCGUCACUGAGGACGACAUCACGAGAUUCCUAUAACUCCAUGCUGGCUACUACUGAGAGCUCUUGAACCAAGCUCUGGCUGAGACGAUGGGGAUCGACGGGGAAACAGUAGUCUUGAAGAACAUGCUUAUUGGUGUAAACCUGAUCCUGUUGGGAUCCAUGCUCAAGCCUUCUGAAUGUCGGCUGGAGGUGACUACAGAAAGGGUCCAUAGACAAACUGUGGAGGAGGAAGGAGGGGCUUCCAGCUACAACACUUCCAGCAAAGAGCAGCCUAUGGUCUUCAACCAUGUGUAUAACAUCAACGUACCACUAGAAAGCCUCUGUUCCUCAGGGCUGGAGGCCUCAGCUGAGCAGGACAUGAGUGCCGAAGAUGAUACUUUGGCCGAAUACACAGGCCAAACCUCAGACCACGAGAGCCAAGUCACCUUCACCCACAAGAUAAACCUCCCCAAAAAAGCCUGUCCAUGUGCAAGCUCUUCCCAGGUACUACAGGAACUGCUGAGCCGGAUCGAGAUUCUGGAGAGGGAGGUGUCCUUGCUGCGAGACCAGUGCAAUACCAACUGCUGUCAGGAAAGCGCUGCCACAGGACAACUGGACUAUGUCCCUCACUGCAGCGGCCAUGGCAACUUUAGCUUCGAGUCCUGUGGCUGCAUCUGCAAUGAAGGCUGGUUUGGCAAGAACUGCUCAGAGCCCUACUGCCCACUGGGCUGCUCCAGUCGGGGUGUGUGUGUCGAUGGCCAGUGCAUUUGUGACAGUGAAUACAGCGGAGAUGACUGUUCAGAGCUCCGGUGCCCAACAGACUGCAGUUCCCGAGGGCUUUGUGUGGAUGGGGAAUGUGUCUGUGAAGAGCCCUACACAGGCGAGGACUGCAGGGAGCUGCGCUGCCCUGGGGACUGUUCAGGGAAGGGGCAAUGUGCCAAUGGCACCUGCCUGUGCCAAGAGGGCUAUGCUGGUGAGGACUGCAGCCAGCGACGGUGUCUGAAUGCCUGCAGUGGCCGAGGUCACUGCCAGGAGGGUCUCUGCAUCUGUGAGGAGGGCUACCAGGGCCCUGACUGCUCAGCAGUUGCCCCUCCAGAGGACUUGCGAGUGGCUGGUAUCAGCGACAGGUCCAUUGAACUGGAAUGGGACGGGCCGAUGGCAGUGACGGAAUAUGUGAUCUCUUACCAGCCGACGGCCCUGGGGGGCCAUCAGCUCCAGCAGCGGGUGCCUGGAGAUUGGAGUGGUGUCACCAUCACGGAGCUGGAGCCAGGUCUCACCUACAACAUCAGCGUCUACGCUGUCAUUAGCAACAUCCUCAGCCUUCCCAUCACUGCCAAGGUGGCCACUCAUCUCUCUACUCCUCAAGGGCUACAGUUCAAGACGAUCACAGAGACCACCGUGGAGGUGCAGUGGGAGCCUUUCUCUUUCUCCUUCGAUGGGUGGGAAAUCAGCUUCAUUCCAAAGAACAAUGAAGGAGGGGUGAUUGCUCAGCUCCCCAGUGAUGUUACAUCCUUUAACCAGACGGGACUGAAACCUGGGGAGGAGUACAUUGUGAAUGUUGUGGCUCUAAAGGAACAAGCCCGGAGCCCUCCGACCUCUGCCAGUGUCUCCACUGUCAUUGACGGGCCCACACAGAUCCUGGUUCGAGAUGUCUCUGAUACUGUGGCUUUUGUGGAGUGGACCCCACCUCGAGCUAAAGUUGAUUUCAUUCUCUUAAAAUAUGGCUUGGUGGGUGGCGAAGGCGGGAAGACUACCUUCCGGCUGCAACCUCCCCUAAGCCAGUACUCAGUGCAAGCACUUAGACCGGGCUCCCGCUACGAGGUGUCCAUCAGCGCAGUCCGAGGGACCAAUGAAAGUGAUGCCUCAAGCACCCAAUUUACAACAGAGAUUGAUGCUCCCAAGAAUUUGCGAGUGGGUUCCCGAACAGCAACUAGCCUUGAUCUCGAAUGGGAUAACAGCGAGGCAGAAGCUCAGCAGUACAAGGUUGUGUACAGCACCCUAGCCGGUGAGCAGUACCAUGAAGUGCUGGUACCCAAGGACAUUGGUCCAACCACCAAGACUACCCUCACAGAUCUGGUUCCGGGCACAGAGUAUGGAGUUGGAAUAUCUGCGGUGAUGAACUCGAAACAAAGUAUUCCUGCUACCAUGAAUGCCAGGACUGAACUUGACAGUCCCCGAGACCUCAUGGUUACAGCCUCCUCAGAGACCUCUAUCUCUCUCAUCUGGACCAAGGCCAGUGGUCCCAUUGAUCACUACCGAAUUACUUUUACCCCAUCUUCUGGGAUCUCCUCAGAAGUCACUGUGCCUAGGGAUAGGACUUCCUAUACACUAACAGAUCUAGAGCCUGGAGCAGAAUACAUUGUCUCCAUCACUGCUGAGAGGGGUCGGCAGCAAAGCCUGGAGUCUACUGUGGAUGCCUUCACAGGCUUCCGCCCCAUCUCCCAUUUGCACUUUUCUCAUGUGACCUCCUCCAGUGUCAACAUCACCUGGAGUGACCCAUCUCCCCCAGCAGACAGACUUAUUCUGAACUACAGUCCCAGGGAUGAAGAGGAGGAGAUGAUGGAGGUCCUCUUGGAUGCCACCAAGAGGCACGCUGUCCUGAUGGGUCUACAGCCAGCCACUGAAUAUAUAGUGAACCUUGUAGCUGUCCAUGGGACAGUAACCUCUGAGCCCAUAGUGGGUUCUAUCACUACAGGAAUUGAUCCUCCCAAAAACAUCACAAUUAGCAACGUGACUAAGGACUCCCUGACGGUUUCCUGGAGCCCUCCUGUUGCACCUUUUGAUUACUACCGAGUAUCAUAUCGACCCACCCAAGUGGGGCGGCUAGACAGCUCCGUGGUGCCCAACACUGUGACAGAGUUCACCAUCACCAGGCUGUAUCCAGCUACUGAAUAUGAAAUAAGCCUCAACAGUGUACGGGGCAGGGAGGAGAGUGAACGCAUCUGCACCCUGGUGCACACAGCCAUGGAUAGCCCCAUGGAUCUGAUUGCUACCAACAUCACGCCGACAGAAGCCCUGCUCCAAUGGAAAGCACCCAUGGGUGAAGUGGAAAAUUAUGUCAUCGUCCUCACACACUUUGCAAUUGCUGGAGAGACCAUCCUGGUUGACGGAGUCAGCGAAGAAUUUCAGCUUGUACACCUGCUUCCUAGUACCCACUACACUGCCACCAUGUAUGCCACCAGUGGUCCUCUCAUGAGUGGCACCAUCACCACCAACUUCUCCACCCUCCUGGACCCUCCCGCCAACCUGACAGCCAGUGAAGUCACCAGGCAAAGCGCACUGAUCUCCUGGCAGCCACCCAGAGCUGAGAUUGAAAACUAUGUCUUGACAUACAAGUCCACCGACGGGAGCCGCAAGGAACUGAUUGUGGAUGCUGAGGACAACUGGAUCCGACUGGAGGGCCUGUCAGAGAACACAGACUACACAGUGCUCCUGCAGGCAGCUCAGGAGGCCACAAGGAGCAGCCUCACCUCCACUGUCUUUACCACAGGGGGCCGGGUGUUCUCUCAUCCUCAAGACUGUGCCCAGCAUUUGAUGAAUGGCGACACUCUGAGUGGAGUUUACACCAUCUUUCUCAAUGGGGAGCUAAGCCACAAGUUGCAAGUAUUCUGUGACAUGACCACAGAUGGGGGCGGCUGGAUUGUAUUCCAGAGGCGGCAAAAUGGCCAAACUGAUUUUUUCCGGAAAUGGGCAGAUUAUCGUGUUGGCUUUGGGAAUCUGGAGGAUGAGUUUUGGCUAGGGCUAGACAACAUCCACAGGAUAACAGCUCAGGGCCGCUAUGAGCUACGUGUGGAUAUGCGGGAUGGACAGGAGGCAGUCUUUGCCUACUAUGACAAGUUCGCUGUGGAGGACAGCAGAAGCCUGUACAAACUCCGCAUUGGAGGCUACAAUGGCACUGCAGGAGACUCCCUCAGCUAUCACCAGGGACGUCCUUUCUCCACUGAGGACAGAGACAAUGAUGUUGCAGUCACCAACUGUGCCAUGUCAUACAAGGGUGCUUGGUGGUAUAAGAACUGCCACCGGACCAACCUCAAUGGGAAGUAUGGAGAGUCCAGGCACAGUCAGGGGAUCAACUGGUACCAUUGGAAAGGCCAUGAAUUCUCCAUCCCCUUUGUAGAAAUGAAGAUGAGGCCCUACAUUCAUCGUCUCACAGCCGGGAGGAAACGGCGAGCCUUGAAAUUCUGAGCACUGGGCAGCCAGCCACCAGCCAAAUGAUCUUUUCUGUCAUUUGUUUGUAUUUUAUAAUAUGAGACAAGGGGGGAGGGGCAACAGUAAUGUGCUUCACAACAUAUUCAGACUAUCUGAAGGAAGCAGGGAUCAGUUAGGUACCAUCUGCUCCUAGUUUUGGCUGCCUGGGAGCCUGACUCUCAGGCUACAUGCUCCCUGCUAACCAGUCCUGCCUGAUCACCCCCCUCUUUUCUCACAGAGAAAGAAAAUGGAGAGUUAAAAAAAAAAAAGAAACAGGCCAUGAAGUACAGAUUGUUACAGUGAUGGGCACACACACAACUCUCUCUACCCCUCUUCAGAGAUACCUUCCAACUUCUAAGUCAUAGUAAUCUGCUCACCGCUGACCAUGGCCAGGUAACCACACCAUCCCAGAGAAUCUUCCACAAGAAAGCUUGGCCAAUCUUCUUUUAAGAGGGAAGAUACUUACCACACUCUGGCACAACAGCCCAAGUUUACUGCAAUGGGCUAAAGAUUCUCACAUUCUGACACUUAACUUUUAGGAGGAGUGGCCUCUCUCCAACUCUCUCCCUACUUCUAUCCCCUAGAUCCUGUAGACCCACCAACCCAACCAUUGUUUAGAACUCCAGUUACCAAAGCUGUCUGAUCCUGGCCCUGGGUCAUACAAAAGCUGUGCCCUGUGUGUCAUAAGCCAUUGUCGUGGAAUAACUAUCUUUGGUGGUAAAACUUGGGGAAGGAUAUUGUUUCUAGCAUGUGUGCAUUAGACAUGGACAAAGGACAGGAGUGGAAAUGAGGGUACCUACCAGAGAGUCUGUAGGUCUCAUUGGAAACUGACCUUGCUUAAUGGAUUCCUUCCCUUUAUUCAUAGCUGAAGGUCUCUAGUUCUGUGCCCAACCAGGCUAUCCUCAGUGCAAAUGGCUUCAUAAGAAUCAGGGAGGAAAGUUGUAUGAGCCAUUCCCCUGACUGAUUGCCCUGGGAGGAGAUAGAAUGUUUGUCCUGGUCUUUUGUUUGUUUUGAUCCUGUAGUAAACAGAACUGACCCCCUCAAUGAGGUGAGAUCAUGAGAAACAUUUUCCAUCUCCUUCCCUUAUCCUGCUUUGAGAAGAAAAAUGAAAAGUGCCAGAGGAAAUUGCAUUUAGAACUCCAAAGGUGAGAGGAGUGAUCUCCCCACCCCCACAUGAUUUGAUUUUUAAGCCCUGGAGAACUGGAGGCUAUAGAAGCCAUGACCUUUCAGCUUCUCCUCAAAUAAAAAAGAAGCCAGUCUUCCCUGCAGCACCUGCCCAAACUGUGCCAAGUUUCUCAGUUGCCUUCUCACUGCCUCCCUGUCCUCUCCCAUCUCUGAGGACCCAGUGUGUGUGCUAUAGGGCCUAUGGCUACCAUCUGUGGCAUCUUGGACCUGUGCCAACCAGUUACUGAAUAAGCUGGUAUCUUGAAAUAAAAAAACAGCCACCAUCUAACCAAGCUUUAAACCAGAAGCAACAGUCCUCCUGGGCUGAUGGUCACAUGCUUAGCAUCGAGACAUUGGAGUUUGCUUGCCAUUUUCUGUAGCCUCUCCCAUCUCUGUGAUGGAGAAUCAGUGACCUACUCAAGGCCAAAAACGCAGGUGAAGUUUUCACUUCUUAAUCCAUCAUGGACUUUAAGCAGCUAAGAGAAAGAAGAGAGGGAAGCCUAUAUAUAGGUUAUAUGAGAUUUAAUUAGCUGUGGGCCAACCAUGCAGAACUGGAGGUAAGUGAGCUCAAAGAGGGACUUGAGGAGUGUGAUAAAGGGCCACAACGCCAGCUAUGAGCCCUUGAUGGGUUUGUUCAAAUCUCUGGGCCUUGGUUCUCUCACCCCAUCAAAUCAGAGUUUAGACCAAAAGGAUUUCUAAUGUUCCUUUAGGUUUAAUAGUCAAUAAUGUUAAUCUGUGAUAGGAAAGCAUAAUCAAAGUUGGCCUUGGUGAGCCAUCACAGUUAAGGAAGAGCCAGAAUCCUUGCAAAGGAGAUGGGGAAAGGGAGGGAAAGAAAGAAGGGAGGAAAGAGACUGACUCAAAACUCUCUGUUUCUCAUAGACACAGACACACAGACACACAGACACACCACACACGCCACACCACACACACACACACACACACACUAAACAAUGCAAAAAGAAGCUAAAGCCAUUAUGUCUAAUGAAGGCAGGACCAAGGACCUGGGUGUGCCUGAACAGCCCACCUCAUCAAGGGAGCUGAAAUGGAACAAGAUUUUCUGUCAUCACUUCCAGGAAAAAUCAAAAAAACAUCAGUGGAAAUCCAAACCUGCUUUUCAUCGAAACUAUUUUAUCCUGUGGAACAUUUUUAUAAAUAGCAUCAGCUGCAUCACCUAGAUUCAUUUAAAGGAAUUUUAAAGUAAGGAAGAGACUUCAAAGAUCAGCUCAUCCAACCUUCUGCAAAGGGGUUUACAGAUCCCUUUUGUUAAGUAGAGUGUGUGCCCCCAAACUCCAUGUUUUGAAGAAACUGUCUUCUCAGGAUCCAGGGAGUUUAACUCAAAGCUUCCAAACUUGAUUGGCUUGACUUCUUCACUGGGCUUCUUAAGUAAUUUCAUUUUUUUAAUCUGCUUGUUCUGACACCUGAUUUUGUCCCUGGGGAGCAGGCAGCACUACUUUUCAUUCAUUCUAAUCACCCAAAGAUUCCCAUAAGGGACUCAAAAUGACUGGAAGGGGACCCUAUCAAAAAAAUGGUGUAACUGCAGACAUGUUAGAAUGUACACUUACACAAAAACCCAAACAACAACAAUAACAGUAACGACCAGUCACCAGAGACUGCCAUGAAUUCACUGCCUAGAAUCAAGAGCCAGGCCACUCUUCUUCUUUGCACACCCCAUCAUAGAAAGACUGUUUCUAUACUGAAUUCUCAUUUCCCCAGGGCUACUUCUGGAAGGUGAAGACAUUAAUUGUGAAGACUCUUUGUUAGGGAUGACAACCCUGUAGAAAGUGUUGGCCUUCAGACUCAAAUUAAUGGGUAAAGGGGGACUUGGUAAGAGGGCCAAAGUGAUGCUCGCAGCCUCCAGAUGCCCAGUGAAUCACUUAUGAGAUGUAGGGCAGGAAGCAGCAUAGUUCUGGUGGUUCUGGUAACACAGACGCCCACUGAAUCACUUAUGAGAUGUAGGGCAGGAAGCAGCAUAGUUCUUGCGGUUCUGGUAACCUCACACCAAACCAGGACCCAGAACCCAUUUAUAUAGGAGACUGAUUUGUAAAAGAACAGCAAAAGGACAGCAGAGAAAUUCAGAGCAAGCUCCCAUAGAUAUUUAAAUGUCCCCUUCUCCCAGCUACCAACAUCCUAUCUCUAAAGAGGAGAGAUUCGCCCCUAAUAUCCCUGUUGCCUUCCACUGGGGAGCCAAUCAGCUCCUCCUAGAUAGAAAACUCUCAUUUCAAAGGCAAAUUUAAAGGACCAAGGUGGCCUUGCCAGUGAGCUCGAUGCCUAUAUAAACUGUCCUAAACACAUCUUUACCUUUAAAAAUUGAGUAUCAGGACAGCUGUAGAUUAUGGGACAAGAGGUCAUUACAGAAUCUUUUCAAUGAGCUUUUUCAAGGCAUCCACUGAGAAAGGUUUGAUGAGUUCCCCUUGGUCCUUUUCUCUGGAGAAAGAAAAAUGGGAUUUGUGAAAGUCUUGGCUUUUUGAAGCCCAGGACAUUUGAAAACACCCCAGGAGGCAUGGCCUUUUCUUUUUCUUCCCUCUAGGAUUUCUGGAAGCAAGCCGGGAAAGCACUUCCCCAGGAUACAUGCUUUUCUAUCCAUUGCUUGAUAAUCAUCAAACUCCUACUGGAUCUAACUCUUUCUUUGGUUGCAUUUCUGUCCCUCUGAAGAGGAAGAGGGGAGAUCAUUUUUCACCUCAAUUUACAUCCAACUGUCCACUCUGAAAUAUUCAUAAAAAGAGUAAUACCCAAGAAGCCCUAGAGGAGACAGGGAUAAUACUUAGCUUACCUCAAACUUGCCAAGGUUACACAAGGAUGCUUGGUUCUCAUCCAUCCUCCCUGGGUGGUCUCUUUCAUUCAUAUAACAAAGCAGCAAAAGUUGUCUCCUUUGGGGAAAGGGGCAGAGCUGGCUUCUGGGCUAAGGCUUGUAGCUUCUCUUUUAUUAUCCUGCUGAGUCCUCAGAACAAAUUUCUGAAGCUUUUUGACUAACUGCUUCCCUCUAAGCCUUUGCUUCUCCCACAGCCCAACUCUCCCAUAUGCAUCUCUCCCAUACUACUUCAGCAUUUGGGCACUGCCAGGCAAAAUGAGAACUCAGGGAAUGAAUGAAAACUACUCAGAUUACAUAGGGAAAACAACUCCAAUAGGAAGAGACAUCACCAUAACUAGGGGAGGCUUUUGUUUUCAGAGGAUGUGCAUGUUGGUGCAGAUGAGGGUCCCUUUGGAAAGAGUGGCUUUGGUCCAUCUUAACUAAAUCCAUGCUGGAUUUAGGGAUUUAGUUAAACCAGUUUUGUCUUCUUCAGGAUCUGAGAAAAUAGCUAGGGGGAAAAAAAGUAAGGUAAAUAAAAGGAGCUGAUGGAGCCUUAUAAAAUAAAAGCAAACUUUAGAGAUGGCCCCUCAGUGGAAACACAGAAACCAUGUGAGUGGACACACUAAAGGCAUCAGCAUUGGCUUCUGAAAAUCUGGCCUCAGAUAAAACGCCUAUUCGCCCCUUCACCUGAGAUAGAAGGCUGCCAGCAAUCUUACUGCACAGAAGUAAGAAGAGAAAGGGUGUUCUUUACCGAUCAACCAAGUCUUGCCUCAAUCUUACUUUUCCUUUCCCAGCUAGCACAGCCUGGUUCGCCAUCUCAAGCAGUUCUGAUUUAUUUUUUAAGGUCACUCUUCACCCAAAACAUGACUUCGGCACACAUGGCACAUGUAACAUUUCAUUGUCCAAAUGUCCUUGGCAAACCUCACAGUCUCUGGACAGUGGUACAUUUUUCCCAAGCAGGAAAUCCUCAUUCCUUCCACAGCUUAAGAAGAUUAUUGCAGGAUACCCACUCAACAGGGUCCUGGUUCCUAAGAUGAUCUCUAUUAACUUAACAGAAUAGCUCCCUAUUAUUUGAGGGUAAGACUAGGUUAAAGCUCCAUUUUUAACUUGGAAAUAUUGAACCCUUUCAGUCCCCACCCCAAUACUCUCCCAGGUAUGGUCAUUGUCUAGUUGCUACCAUGGGCUCUGGAGAGAAAGUAAAAGAAUCUUUGAUAUGUAGACACACUAUACUCAGGAAACCUGGGUCACCUCGGGAUACGGUUAUGAUGUAGGGCAUACAUAUGGAUAAGAACUGGGGUUUUUUGUUUUUUAUUUGUUUUUUGUUUGUUUGUUUGUUUGUUUUUGUCAAUGCUUUUACAACCCACAGAGAAACCUGUAGCCUUUAAACAAUCUGUCAUUGAACACUAAUAUACUCAACAUAUUAGUCUCCUAGGAAAAUAUUAAAGAAUACUCCUUUGGAGCCAAAGGAAAUUCUGAACAUUACCUAACAUGACUCUCCUAUGCCAUACAUACUCAAUGAAAGCAAAGUUGAAGUAGGCAGGCAUCUUGCUCGACUUCACACAGCCAAUUAGAUAUAGAAAUGGGAGUAGCCUGGUAUAAUUUUUUUAAAAAAUUCUUUAUCUCCUACUAGAGACUGAGAAAACCAGUAUUUAUUAAACACCUAUCGAUCAGAUUCUGUGCAAAGUGCUCCAUAUCAAUUACUUUAUUGAAUCCUUACCCCAAUCCAGAAUAAGCUUUAAUCAUUUUCUAGAAGAAGGAGGUGAAAGCACAGAGUUGUUAAGCAGCAUGUCUAAAGUCACACAGUUUCUGAGGAGUACCACUGUUUCUGUCUAAUACAAGCAGCCUUAGUUUUCCCAGUUUGUAAAGCUGAUGUCACAUUGACCAGGCAGUCGCCAUCUUGAACCUCACUACCAUUCUCACGACAGCAUUUCUAACUCCAUCCAUUUCUCCUUUUCCUUUUAACAAAUGGAAAUUUUUGCUUUUUCUUCAUGCUAUGCCUCUGAGGGUCCAGGGACCCUCAGCCCCAACUGUCAGAAGUAGUAAGAAAUAGCCCGACAGCAAUUCUUUUUACUUUCUGUUUAAGGUUUUAAAGAUGGUGUCAGACACAAACAUGACUUACUAUCACAGACCCCCUUCCAAACUAGAACAACAGACAGAACCAGGAUCAAGAGAGACCACAGGAUAGCACUGUAUAAGUGCCUAGGGUAUCAUCUUGACCCUAGAAUUUGCAAAGAAGAGUUAUGAGUGUUUUCAAACAACUACAAAUAGCAGUAAAUGCAGAUGUCCCAUGAAUUUCUAAGCUUCAGAUUGCAGGUAAAAUUCAUACAACCCCCUCCCAGUCCCCAGGUUCCCUGAAGGAACGUGGCAGGACAUUUGUAAAGACUGGAGCUACAAGAAGUCAGGAGAGAAGUUCUCUGUUUAUUUUCUCAUUUCCUUUCCCCCACUCCUUACUCAUCUCUCAUCCCAGUGAAAGAGAAGUCUAGGAGAAUAAUUUGCUACAAUCCUACUAGCUUUGCUACUUUGGAAGAUUUAGAAAGAUAUCAGAAACUUGGUGGCUUCAAUUAUCAGGUAACAACUCUCAACAUGGAACCCUGUUUCCCUCUUUAGACAUUUAUGUAAAAAGGACUAGGCCUUCCCAAGAGGGAACUCAGGUCCCCUCAAAAUGGUAACUCCUCUGAAACACCUCAGACACUUUUUAGAUACAGCAAGUACUGCAGUUCCUGCAAAACUUUCAGCAGAGUAAUCCUACGCUAGCUCCUUUCUUCACUGUCCCCCUUCCUUAAGGCAUAGGGAUGCUGCAGAGACUCAUAAACAAGGGUCAGAAUCUGUAAGAGUCUAGCCCCUUCUGCCUCUCUUUAACUAACAUCUUCUUCCCUCCUAUAUUUAUACACAAAACACACACACAAACAGACACACACAGACACAUACACACACACACACACUAACCCCAAGUACCCUCAAGCCUAUAGGAAUUUCCAGGUGCCCAAAACAAGUCACUGUGACUCUGAGGGGUUUUAUUACCUGGGGCUCCAAGCAGAUGACACUCAUCCAGGUGGUCUCUCAAUUGCUGUCCUGAGAAAUCAUAAGCACCAGAUCCUCCAUUCCCUCGGAAUUCCGAAUUUGAAUUUGUGGUUUUAACCUUUAAUAACAUUUUUGGGUAAAAUAACAAAGAUGAACGAAUUUACUGACUUUGUAGCUACACUGUUCUUGAAAAGGCCAAAAGGAAGAAGAAGAGAUGGGAUAUAUGGUGUAAGCUCAUCAGGUGGUACACCCUCUGAUGAAAUCAAAUAAAAAGGCUAGAGAGGAAUGAAGAGAGAGAGCCAACUUGUCCCAUCCUUUCAUGGCACUGUAGCUCAAAGAUUGGAAUCUGCUUGUUAACCAUUGUUAACUAGUAUUUUUAGUCCUGGUUGCUUUUAGCCUCUGUAUAGUUCCUUUUUUAAACACAUUUUCUAUACGUUAAUAAAAGAUCCU